AUGAGUCGAGUUCUGGAAGGUCAAGUCGCUUUGGUCACAGGUGCAAGCAGAGGGAUAGGGAGAGGCAUAGCUCUACAGCUAGGUCAAUCGGGAGCAACGGUAUACGUUACCGGCAGGAAGCCAGCAAAUAGUUUGCAGAGUCUUUAUCGAAAUCUACCCACACUUGAGACGACUGCGAAUGACAUUCGACAAAGAGGUGGUAGAGCAGUCCCGGUCUACUGCGAUCAUACUAAUCAUACAGAGAUUGCCGAUGUUUUCGAUCGUAUUCAUAAGGAAAAUGGAGGGGCUCUCAACAUCUUGGUAAACUCAGCUUACUCAGGUGUUCAGGACAUGGCUGAUGCUGGCUCAGUUCCAUUUUUUGAAACAGAUCCUUUACUUUGGGAUUCAAUUAAUAAUGUAGGGUUGCGGAACAACUACAUUUGUAGCGUACAUGCAGCUCGAAUGAUGGUGAAGAGGAAGUGCAUUAUUGUUUCCAUACUUUCAAUUGUUACCUUUAGAUCUGGUCUGAUUGUCAACAUAUCAUCUGCGGGCGGUCUACAGUACACCUUCAAUGUUCCGUAUGGUGUAGGGAAAGCAGCGUUAGAUCGAAUGUCUGCUGAUAUGGCGAUUGAGUUACAACCUUAUGGAGUUUCUGUAGUGUCGCUAUGGCCUGGUAUGGUCCGAACCGAACUUUCUGGGAUAUUACGUGAAGAAGGCAAACUAGAAAGAAUGGUUCGGCAGUCAAAGGACCAGUUGGACAAAGCUUUCAAACAGAGCGAGUCUACCGAAUUUGCCGGUAAAGCCGUUGUGGCGUUGGCUACGGAUAAAAAAGUACAGGAAAAGUCAGGGAAAGUUUUGAUGACUUACGACCUUGCUAAGGAAUAUGGUUAUGAAGACAUUGACGGUGGCUUGCCUAUGGAUAUCCGUCGCGUCUCAACAGCUCUUGAAUUCUUUGGGUUUAAUCGAAUUUCUGCUAUCGUACCUUCUUUCCUCAGAAUUCCUCUGUGGGGUAUGCAUUUUGCCUCGUAUAAAUUCCCCUUUAGAUUAUGGUAG